CCAUUUACGCCAUUUCGAAAAGUUCCUUCGACUGCACAGGGGUCGCGUUUAGCUUCAGUUUUGGUCAUCGCCAUUUCAUUGUUUCAAGGCUAGUGUUUUCAAAAUUUGUGAAAUUGAUAGUGAAAAUGUACGGCGGUGGACAGAAGACUAAUUUAUUCUCUAGGAGGGAAAAUGAAGAAGUACCUGAUAAUGAGCCAAAUGAUGAAGAUACCUACAUCGUCAAGAUGCGAGGCCUCCCUUGGUCUGCUACCACAGAUGAUAUUCUAAAAUUUUUGGAGGGGUGUAACAUUAAAAAUGGUCGUGCUGGUGUUUAUGUGACCAUGUCCCCUGAAGGAAGACCAAGUGGAGAGGCAUAUGUUGAACUGGAGACUGAAGAAGACUUAGAAAACGCUUGCAAAAAGGACAAAGAACACAUGGGGCCAAGAUACAUUGAAGUUUUCAGGUCUAAAUACUCAGAGAUGCAAUGGGUCUGCGAAAGGAGCGGGUUCACUUUGGAUUCAGCCAUGAUGGAUGGCGUUGUGAGGCUCAGAGGAUUGCCUUUCAAUUGCACUGACAAACAAAUUCGGCAAUUUUUUGAGGGGCUCGAGAUAGUUCAAAAUGGGAUUACGUUUGCAACGGACUACUCAGGGCGGAGUACUGGGGAAGCAUAUGUUCAAUUUGUUGACAAAGAAAAUGCAGAGAAAGCUCUGCAGAAGCACAAGGAGAGAAUGGGACACAGGUAUAUCGAGAUCUUCCGAAGUACAUUAACAGAAGUGAGAUCACUUGGGAAUCAGAACAAAAUGCGCUCCGGUUUCGGUGGUUAUAACAACAGACCAUCUCCUUAUGAUAUUAACGACAGGUUUGGUGGACCCAACAGAUUCGGACGUGGAGGUGGAAGGAACUUCAAAGGUGGCUAUGGAGGUUUCGAUGAUGGUCCAUGGGAGAGGCCAGGCUGGAACGGUCCCGGAGCUGGUCGUGGAAUGGGUGGUCCAAUGGGAAUGAAAGGUGGUUUCGGAAUGGGCGGGGGAGGUGGUGGCUGGAACAGGGGCCCAGCUGGUUUCAGCGUUCACAUGAGAGGACUUCCUUUCCGAGCAACUGAACAAGAUAUUGCUGAUUUCUUCCGCCCUGUUGUUCCUGUUGACAUUCAGCUAUUAAGAGAUAAGAGUGGACGCGCAUCAGGUGAAGCCGAUGUGGAAUUUGGAAGCUUGGAUGAAGCAAUGGCAGCCAUGAAGAAGGACAAAAGCCACAUGCAGCACCGCUACAUCGAAUUGUUUGCUGAUUUUCCUAUGGGAGGCGGUAAUGGUGGAUUUGGCAACAACAUGGGAGGAGGUGGCAGAGGUGGAAUAAAGAACUUCGCAAACGACUACUAAAUCUUGGAUGCCACUACUUAAAAUUAAAUUAUUGUCCUUCAAAACUAAUUCCUUUUCUUUUUCCAGCUUUCAAUCAUUUUGACUUUUCCAAGUUAAUUUAUAACGUUUUUUUAAAUUUUGAUUUGUUGCAUCAUACUAGCAUUUCAUUUAUGAAAGCAUCGUCAGUAUUUUCCCAACUUUUUGUGUAGGGUUUUAUUUUUUUUUACUCAUCCCUGCCUCCUUUCCCCUCCCCUGUAUAAAUUAUUCCCUCCCUAAUCAUGAGCUAUAACUAGCAAUGAACUAAGUUCGUAAACAGAAAUUUAGUUUCCUACUCCCCUCUUUCUUUUUGUACAUACAUUUAAUUUACUAUCAGAUCACGCCUCCACGACUUAUGUCUCUCGCCCUUUGGCAGUACAAAUCGCAAGAAUUUAAUCUCCUUUUUUUAUGUUUAAAUGAUGAUAAUUUUUAGUUUGAACACACUCAAGGCAGAUUGUAAUUUAUUAUGUUUGUAUCAAGGAUUCGUGAAAUAAAAUGUGUUUUUCUGUAAAAA